AUGUUCCUGCGGCGGCUAAGAGCCUCCGCCGCCGCCCUCCGCCGCGGCUCGACCGACGGCGGUGUCCUGGCCGCCGCCCUCCGCGCCGAGCUCGCCCACGAGCUCACCUUCUCCUCCCCCUCCACUCCCCUUCGUUUCCGUUUCGAGGACGCGUCCAGCUUCGACGCCGUGUCGGACUCCCCGCGCGCGCAGGACGUGCUCCUGCGCCGCCGGGUCGGUUCCGAGGAGGUCCUCGUGUCGGCGCUGCUCGCCCCGCUGCGGUUCGUAGAGCAGGACCCGCUGCCCAGGGCCGCGCUCAUGAAGGUCUUCGUCAGUAAGCCUGGCGCGACGCCCGUCCUGCACUUCGACUGUCGUGCGUCUUGGGUUGGGGAGGAGGAGCGCGGCGCUGCUGACUAUGCUAUUAACGCUGUCCGGUACCACUCCUCUCCUGGCGCCGCUGGAGAAGACGAGUAUGAAGGCCCGGUGUUCAGAUAUUAA